AUGGCCUCGCGUCUUGCUGCUCGCGUUGCAUGGGUUGCAAAGCAGCGCCAGUGGCAAGAUGCACUGUCCCUCCUAGCGCGGUUGAGACGGCAGCCGGACGAACCACUAGCAGGUUCAGACGCGCAUGCGCUGACCGUGGCAUGCACGGCCACAGCGACUGCCAGUCUUCGAUGCCUGUCAUGGCAAGUGGCUCUGGAAGUUCUGCAAUCCCUGCAGCCAGACGCUUGGGAUCAGGUGACCUUCUGCACAGCCCUCACUGCCUGCGACCGUGGCCUGCAAUGGCGCCUGGCUUUGCAACUCCUCGGACGCAUGGACAAGGAUGCUUUGGACGUGAAUGACUUUGUAGCCUCCGCAGCCAUCAGUGCUUGUGGAAAGAGUUCUUCCUGGACUGUGUCGAUGCAGUUGCUGGAGCAGGUCUGUGCUGGGGAGUCUCUGGAAAGCUGGGUGAUCAGCAUCAAUGCAUCCAUCAGUGCACUAGCACAUGGCCAACAGUGGGCACGAUGCCUCGACAUUCUCAGAAGAUGCAUGGAGGCUGGAUCGAGUCUAGGAGCACCCAAGAGCAUCUGCAGCAGCAUCUAG